UGAACUCUCUCUAGAACUUUCUCUCCUUAUAAAAUGAGUGAGCUUAAGCUUUGUCUGAUACAAUCAUACAACACAACACAAAAACUCCAAAUCCGAAUACUUGUUUGUUAAAAAAACCCAUUUGAACUUUUAAUCUUGAUCAUCGACAAUGGGGAUUGUAAAUGGAGGAGAAGAAAUCAUCGAAGAGAUAUCUUCUUCUUCGUUACCAUUAUUAUCUCUGAAUCAUGUCUCCUUCAUCUGCAAAUCUGUACGUCGAUCUGUCAAAUUCUACGAGGAGGUAUUGGGAUUUGUGCUUAUCAGACGUCCUUCUUCUUUCGACUUCGAAGGCGCUUGGUUGUUCAACCAUGGAAUAGGAAUACAUUUGCUAGAAAUGGACACAACUCCAAGAAAGAAAGGAGUGAUAAAUCCAAAAGACAACCACAUUUCAUUUCAAUGCUCAGAUAUGGAUCUCAUAAUCAAGAAACUGGAGAAAUUGGGGAUCAAAUAUGUUACAGCAUUGGUCAAAGAAGGGGGUGUGGAGGUCAACCAAUUGUUCUUCCAUGAUCCAGAUGGUUACAUGAUCGAGAUAUGUAAUUGUCAUGUUCUUCCUGUUCUUCCAAUCUCUUCAUGCCCUCUUAAAAAGAUCCCAAACAUCUCACAAAUCAACCAUGGAGAUUCCUACGAGAAGAUGAGCUCCAAGAAUUACUUUUGUGGAGAAGAUGAGGCGUUAAUGAUGGAAAAUUUGGUAAUUGACAUGAUGGGUAUUUCAUUUUGAGUAUGAGAAUUUUGUACUCUUUGAUCUCUUUCUUUCAAUAAUAGAGCAAUUUUGUCGUUAUUGAAAUUUAGUAACAAAAAUUGUGGUCUUAUGAUUACGUAUGUGUUUCAUAGUAAAUAAAUAAAAAAUUGUGUAUUUAAUUAGAAAA